AUGGCCCCGCUGAGGGCUUCAGGGUGCGUAGCCUUACGACCGCUGCUGCUGCUGCUGCCGCUGCUGUUGCUGGCAUUCUGCUGCUCUUACUCAACGUCAAGCCGACUCCCCAGCAGCACAUCCUUCUUGCUUCCAUUCCCAGUGGUAGGAAACGGGGCUACGGGAGCAGCAGCAGCGGCAGCAGCAACGACUGCAGCAGCAGCAGUGACAGUAGCAACUCGACAGCCACGCCCACGAACGGCCCACUGCGCAGCGAGUGCUGACGCAUCUGCAGGGCAUGCGCCCAUUGCACCGUCACCCCUCGUGCUGCAGGUGCAGCAGCAGCUGCAGCAGGAGCAGCACACAGCAGCAGAGGAUGAGCAGAGCCAGGGAGAGAUCCUGCGCCUAGAAGGGGUGUCUGUACACUCCGGCUCUGCUGCGCUGUUGCAGCAGGUGUCGCUGCAGCUGCAGCGGCACGAAAAGCUGGCCCUAAUCGGCAGCAAUGGAGCGGGGAAGACCACUUUGCUGCAUGCGAUUGCAGCUGCUGCUGCGCAGCAGCAGCAACAGCUAUUUCAACAGCUGCAAAAGCAGCAGCAGCUGAGGCAGCAGCAGCAGCAGCAGGAGAAAAGUGGUGGGAGCUCUGAGCAGCGAACUCAUCGCCAGAAAUUGAGUAAGGCUGCACGCAGACAGCUGCGGAGGAUGUCCUCUCAGCCGCAGCAGCCGCCGCAGCAGCAGCUUCAAGAGCAGACACAGGAGCAGCAGCAGCAGCAGAGUCCGUUUGAAAUGGAAACAGGUGUCGUCUCAGGGCUCAUUCGCUUCAAAUGCUCCCCUUCUCGCGUGGCAUUGCUGCAGCAAGAGGGCCUCGAAGGCUUCAAUCCUGCUGCUGCAGCAAAUACCGUCAGAGAGGAAUUCAUAAUUCUAAUGUCAUUUGAGGGGUCCAGAGGCCCUCAGGCCCCCAGCAGGGUUCCCUUUGGUCGGAGCUAA